AUGGUCCUGCAUGGAUACCCCGAGGAGGUCAUGUGCCGAGCAUUCAGGAAUCACCUUUCCGAUUCUGCGAGGAGGUGGUUCAGAUCUCUGAAACCAAACUCCAUCACUAGUUGGGAUGAGUUGAAGAAUGCCUUUUUGACUCAGUUCAUAGGUGUCAAAAAAUACAUCCCACCCAAACAAAACCUCUCAAGAGUGUACCAGGGACCCAACGAGUCCCUGAAGGACUGGAUAGCCCGGCUUGGGGAACAGGUCGCCGCCACUGAGGGAAUCUCUGAUGAGGUGGCCUUGAUGGGGGCACUGUCGAGUAUGAAGAAGGACAUCCCCUACAGCACAGACCUCGACCAGAGGCCGCCCCAUACCUACCAGGAAUUCCUGACAAGGGCACAUGGGUUCAUCAACGCCGAGGAGGCUAAGAAGGCCUUGAAGAGCAAGGUGACAACCCCUGCCAAGGAAGAGGUAGGGCAAGCGAGCGGCCAAAACAACGGUAAGAAGCACCGAGGUCCCCCCCAGGUGCAAGCCGAGCAGAGGUAUAACCCAGCUCUGAGUAACAGAGGCGGCAGUGCCUCGACGAGUCAGGGGGAGAACAAGCGGUCGAAGCCGCAACGGUACGAUGCCUACACACCCUUAACUAUGGGGAUCGAAGACGUCUACCAUGAGAUAAGUCAUCUCUAG